AUGGAAACACCAGGCGUCUACCAGCCGCUCAAGGCGUGGCACACCAGCUUCAGCAAGAGUCCAGGAAGAGGUGCCUCGUCCGAAAAUGACAGUGGCGCCUGGGAAGCCGAGCGCCAGGUCCUCCUGGACGAGAACCAGGAACUGAAGAACAGGCUCGCCGAGGCCGAGGCAGCCCUGGCACAGACCCAGGAAGAACUUGCGGAGCAGGAUCAGAAAGCCGCCGACGUGAUUGCUGACGAUAAGCGCACGAUCGAGGAGCUCCAGGAAUCCCUGAACGCCAGCCAGGACCGCAUCGACAAGCUCCAUGUGGACAAGGCGAGGUACCUGCGACGGGCAACCGAGGCCGAGGAGAAAGCUGCCGAGCUGGAAAACCACGUUCGAAUCCUACAAUGCAGACAGCCGUGGACAUCGACCGCCGGCGCCACGUCAUCUGGUAGAAGGGACCCCUCACCGUCGCGCAACGACGCCCCUUUGUCGAGGCAGGUCGAGGCAAGCGCAGCGGCCCCAGGCCAAGCUAGGUCUGCCGCACCACCAGCCCGAGUGCCCUCGCGGCUUGUAUUCGUCGGAACAACGGCGCCAGGAGAGAUGGCAGUCCAUGCAUGGCAUAGAGGGUAUACAGGCCAUACAGGGCGGAUCCCAUGGCCUAAUGAGGACGAGCUGCUGCUCGUAAGGCUGAUCCUCGAGGUCGGGCCGCGCGACAAGCCGCCACGGUAUUCAAAGAUAGCCAAGGAAUGGGCAGAGAAAUUCCCAGAUCGUAUCCCGCGGGAUCAGGGGCAGCUCAAGGACAAGGCGUGGAACAUCAAGGCGUUCAUUCUAAAGAAUCGCCUAUUCCUACCUCCCAAGUUUGAUGACAUCGGAAUAAAAGACAAGGUUCGAAAAGAGCUCAUAUCGGCGGGUAUCAAUCCCGAUAGGAGGGAGGAUGACAUGGUGGUGGAGGUGGACGAGGACGGGAAGCAGAAAAUGUAUCUGACUAACGUGUUGCUGGUCUAA